AACUUGUUCUGUGUGCCCGCCCAUCGACUUUAGGGCUGUUUAAUAGAAAUUAAUCAAGGGCAUUCAUCUACAUAAUUUACAUUGUCAGUCGAAUUCAUAAUAUACUUUCAUUUCACAGUGUAUAAAAAAAAGCAAAAACAAAACAAAAACGCACACAAAAUUGUACAUUUCUAAAGUCCCAAUUUGAAAUUCAUAAAUAAAGUCAUACAACAAGCAGAAUGAAAGAACAAGUUAACGAUAAUACACCAAAGCGAAUUCGGCACAUUCAGUUUGGUGUAAUGUCACCACAAAACAUGGUCAAGAUCUCAGAGUUUGAAAUCACCCAGCGUGAUCUUUAUCAGCCUGAGAGUCGUACACCUGUCAAAGGUGGUGUUCUUGAUUUGAGAUUGGGUACCUCAAACAAAGAAGCUGUAUGUGAUACCUGUGGACAGAAGAUGCAAGAAUGUCCUGGUCAUUGGGGUUACCUCAAACUCGUUCUCCCAAUUUUUCACAUUGGCUACUUUCGACCUGUAAUUAACAUUCUCCAGGAUAUUUGCAAGUCCUGUAGUCGUGUUAUGUUGGAAGAGCCUGAGCGUCGUUCGUUCCUCAGACGAUUGCGUGCACCUGGUCUAGACAAUUUGACCCGUGGAAGAGUAAUUAAAGCGAUUAACGAUCGUUGUAAAAGAGUCACAUUUUGUCCGCAUUGUAAAGCAACAAACGGUGUGGUAAAAAAAGUCGGCCCUAUGAAGAUUACCCACGACAAAUACAGAUUGAAGCGUGUAGCAGAAGAAGCAGAACAGUUCCGCAAAACUUUUGAGAAUGCAACAAAUGCCAUGCCAGAAUUGAAAGCCCAUCUUAGCAAGGCUCAGGAUGAUCUGAACCCUCUUCGUGUCCUUCGUCUUUUCCAACGUAUUACCCCAGAGGACUGUGAACUUCUCGGUUUGAGCGAAGAGCAUGGUAGGCCUGAGUGGUACAUUUGGCAAUACUUGCCUGUGCCUCCAUCCUGUAUCCGUCCUUCAGUCAUGCAAGACGACAACAGCAGCAACGAAGAUGAUUUGACUGCAAAGCUUACUGAGAUCAUUUUUACCAAUGCUAUUAUUCGCGCUGGUUUGGAACGAGGUGUGACAGUAAUGAAUUUGAUGGAGCAAUGGGAGUUUCUUCAGCUGGCUGCGGCCAUGUACAUCAACAGUGAAAUGCCAGGUGUACCAAAUGCCAAUGCUGGUAAGCCCAGUCGUGGUCUCUGUCAACGUCUGAAGGGUAAACAAGGUCGUUUCCGUGGUAACUUGUCUGGUAAACGUGUCGAUUUCUCUGGUCGUACCGUUAUUUCACCCGAUCCAAAUAUGCGCAUUGACCAGGUUGCUGUACCUGAGCGUGUUGCCAAAAUUUUGACUUUCCCUGAACGUGUACACGCUCACAAUAUCCACAAACUUCGCCAGAAUGUCAUAAAUGGUCCUGAUGUCCAUCCUGGUGCAAAUUAUGUGACAUUUGCAGACGGAUACAAGAAAUUUUUGAAAUUUGGUGACCGUAAUAACAUUGCAGCCGAACUUAAGAUCGGUGAUCUUGUCGAGAGACACAUGUCCGAUAAUGAUGUAGUUCUAUUCAACCGUCAGCCUUCACUUCAUAGAUUGUCGAUCAUGGCCCAUUUUGCCAAAAUCAUGCCCUGGAGAACUUUCCGUUUCAAUGAGUGUGUAUGCUCUCCUUACAACGCCGAUUUUGAUGGUGAUGAAAUGAAUAUGCAUUUACCCCAGACACAAGAAGCUAAGGCUGAGGCCAUUGAGCUUAUGGGUGUCAAAAACAAUCUUGUUACUCCUCGUAACGGUGAACCUCUUAUUGCCGCCACCCAGGAUUUCAUUACAGCUUCAUAUCUUUUGUCCCACAAGGAUACUUUCUACAGUCGUGCCAUGUUUACUCAGGUGUGCACAAUGAUGGGAGACGGUGAAAUGAAUAUCGAUCUUCCUCCUCCUGUUAUCUGGAAGCCACAGCGUUUGUGGACUGGUAAGCAGGUGUUCAAUAUUCUUUUCAGACCCAACAAAGAAAGCAAAGUUCAAUUGAACGUCGAGGCAAAGACAAAGUCGUAUGAAAAGCAAGAAGGUCGUGUUCCUGAUCUCUGUCCCAACGAUGGCUGGCUUAUUGUCCAGGACAGUGAAAUUAUGUGUGGUUUGGUUGAUAAGGCUGUUGUUGGUGAUGGUAACAAGAAUUCCGUGUUCUACGUUAUCCUGCGUGAUUAUGGACCGAUUGAAGCUGCCAAGUGUAUGAACAGAUUGGCCAAGUUGUGUGCUAGAUAUCUUGCCAACCAGGGUUUCUCAAUUGGUAUUAGUGAUGUUACUCCCGGAAAGCGCCUGAGAGAAAUCAAGCAAGCAGAAGUACAGGAAGCUUACAGAAAGUGUGAUGAAAUUAUCGCAAAGUAUAAAUCAGGUCAAUUGGAGACAAUGGCUGGUUGUGACGAAGAACAGACCAUGGAGUCUACUGUAUCUGGUAUCCUGUCUGCUGUUCGUGGUGAUCUCGGUAAAGUCUGUAUGACCGAGUUGAAUAUGUACAACUCCCCAAGUAUCAUGGCCCGAUGUGGUUCCAAAGGUUCUCAAAUUAACGUAUCUCAGAUGGUUGCAUGUGUCGGUCAGCAGAUUAUUAGCGGUAGUCGUAUUCCCGAUGGUUUCCAAGAUCGAUCUCUCCCUCAUUUCUUAAAACACUCUAAGAGUCCUCCUGCCAAGGGUUUCGUGAGAAACAGUUUCUUUACUGGUCUUAGUCCUACUGAGUUUCUUUUCCACGCUGUCUCUGGUCGUGAAGGUCUGGUCGAUACAGCUGUCAAGACUGCCGAAACCGGUUAUAUGGCUAGACGUUUAAUGAAAGCAUUUGAAGAUCUGACAACCCAUUAUGAUCUGUCUGUACGUAACUCUGAAGGUGCUAUGCUUCAAUUCCGUUAUGGUGCAGAUGGUCUGGACCCUAUGACUAUUGAAGGUGACGGUAUCCCAGUAGAGUUUGAACGUAAUCUGAAGCAUGUCAAGAUUUGUACUCCAUUGAACGGCGAAGAAGGUCUUUUGCCUUGGCAGAUUAUUAAGCUGGCCGAAGAUGUGACCAGUCAGGAUGUCUGGACCACCAACUGUAUGCAGUCUUUCAUCGACAUGGUCCUGACCUUCAUCAACGAUAAGGUUGCUGGAAAAUUGGCCAAUCUUCGUAAGAAGCACGGUAUGCUUCCUGGUUUAUCCAUUCCUGAUGAGGAUUAUAUGGACAUGGAUAUCGACGAAGAUGUUCCAGAGGCUACCAAGCAUGCCCUAAGAAAUAUGUGCGUUGUCACCGAACGUCAGUUGCGCGAUUACCUCGGUGUUUGUCUUUCCAAGUAUCUGAAAGCUAAGAUUGAGCCCGGUACUGCUGUCGGUGCUAUUGGUGCACAGUCUAUUGGUGAGCCCGGUACACAGAUGACACUGAAAACUUUCCAUUUUGCUGGUGUUGCUUCCAUGAACAUUACUCUUGGUGUACCCCGUAUUAAAGAAAUUAUUAACGCUGCCAAGGUCAUCUCGACCCCCAUUAUUACUUGCGACUUGCAUUCUGACAAGGAUGUCAGAGCUGCUCGUGUGGUCAAGGGUCGUGUCGAAAAAACAACUCUUGGGGAUGUGGCAAUGUAUAUGGAAGAAGUGUAUGAACCUAACGAUACACAUAUCUUACUCCGAAUUGAUUUGGAUGCACUGAACAAACUCCAGCUUGAGACAAAUAUUUAUGAAAUUGCAACGGCCAUCCAAACAGCCCCCAAGUUGAAGAGCAGCCAAUUGGAUGUUCAAACCAGCCGCCCUGACAUUAUUCGCGUUUACGUUCAUGCCAAACAAGACGAGUCAAUGUACUACAGUCUCAAAGCUAUUAAGCGUCUUUUAUGCGCUGUUAUUAUCAAGGGCCUUCCUUCUGUUGUCCGUGCUGUUAUCAGUGAAAAGGCCGGUGGAAGUGGAUCAAAGCAAUUGCUUGUUGAAGGUUACGGUCUCUUGGAUGUCAUGACUACCGAUGGUAUUAUUGGCGAAAAUACCACCUCUAAUCAUAUUAUGGAAGUAGCCCAAGUAUUGGGUAUUGAAGCAGCAAGAAACACUAUUAUUAGAGAAAUUCAAGUUACCAUGGAGAGUCACGGUAUGACUAUUGAUCAUCGUCACGUAUUCUUGCUUGGUGACAUUAUGACAAGCAAGGGUGAAGUACUGGGUAUCACUCGAUUCGGUAUUUCGAAAAUGAGAGACAGUGUCUUGAGUAUUGCUUCUUUCGAAAAGACUACUGAUCACUUGUUUGAGGCUGCAUUGUACAGUAAAUGCGAUGCUGUCGUGGGUGUAUCAGAACAGAUCAUCAUGGGUAUCCCUAUGUCUAUUGGUACCGGUCUGUUCAAGCUCAUUCACCAGCCUUCGCAGCCCGACAUUCCAAAACCAAAACCCCUUUUGUUCGACAUUUAAAGGGCUAUUUUUUUAUACAUCUUCAUCAUCCUAGUAUCUUGUACAUCAUUUCCUAUCUUACUUUUCCUAUAUAUAUAAGAGAAAAGUAGCCAUUAAAAAUAUACAGAAAGUCAUAAAUACUACCUUUUUUUUUAAUAUCUAUCCUCAGUUGGUAUUAUUAACUUGACCUCUUAGCAUUAACCGCAGAUUUAAUGGUAAUCAAUAUUCCUGCAUAUAUUUCUAAGCACACUACAGUUGCAGUACGAUUUCUCCUGGUAUUCGAUUGUUGAGCUUAGUAAAGCACCAAAUACCAAACAAAGAUCUGUUAUAAAGGCAUUUAAUCCUGC